GCAGCCGCAGUAAAUAUUUUGGUGUUGGUGACAAUCUGGGAAUAUGGGCGCAGCAGCACCAGCAGCACAGUCAGCUGACGUCCAGCAUUGGUGACCGUCAUCGAGCCACACUGAACUGUACACAGAGUACACGCAAAAGGAAUAGGGUAGGGGUGUUGGUACCCAGACAAACACAGCAGGCAAAAUACUAGUGCGUUGCAAUGGCGGCAGAAAUCCACCCAAAACCACUGACGCGGAGACCUGUCCUUCUCAAUAAGAUCGAGGGAUCGCAGGAUGUGGUGAAUACUGCAGUGAUCAUCCCCAAGGAGGAUGGGGUCAUCAGCGUCUCAGAAGAUCGGACGAUUCGGAUCUGGCUGAAGAGGGAUAGUGGGCAGUACUGGCCCAGUGUCUACCAUUCCAUGCCAUCUCCUUGUUCCUGUAUGUCUUUCAAUCAAGAGACAAGACGGCUCUCUGUCGGUAUGGACAAUGGAUUCAUCUCUGAAUUUGUCCUCGCUGAAGAUUACAACAAAAUGACUCCUUCCAGAACUUUCCAGGCUCACCAGGGCAGAGUAACAGUGGUUCUGUUUGUAUUGGAGAUGGAGUGGGUACUAAGCACGGGACAGGACAAGAACUUCAACUGGCAUUGUUCAGAAAGCGGGCAACGAUUAGGGGGCUAUCGGACAACUGCCUGGGUCUCUUGUCUGCAGUUUGAUGUGGAGACUAGACAUGCCUUUGUUGGGGAUCACUCAGGACAGGUCACAAUUCUCAAGCUGGAGCAGGAGAGCUGCAGCCUUGUCACCACAUUUAAAGGGCAUACAGGCAGUGUUACAGCUCUCUGCUGGGAUCCUGUCCAGAGAGUUCUAUUCUCGGGCAGCUCAGAUCAUUCCAUUAUAAUGUGGGACAUAGGAGGCAGGAAAGGGACAGCCAUUGAACUGCAAGGACACAAUGAGAAAGUUCAAGGCCUGUGCUACGCACAUCACACUCGGCAGCUCAUCUCGUGCAGCUCAGACGGAGGGAUUGUCAUCUGGAACAUGGAUGUUAAAAGACAAGAGACUCCGGAGUGGCUAGACAGCGAUUCCUGUCAGAAGUGUGAACAGCCUUUCUUCUGGAACUUUAAGCAGAUGUGGGACAGCAAGAAGAUAGGACUGCGGCAGCACCACUGUAGGAAGUGUGGCAAGGCAAUGUGUGGGAAGUGCAGCUCAAAACGCUCCACCAUACCGCUGAUGGGAUUUGAGUUUGAAGUGAGGGUCUGCGACAGCUGCCACGAGUCAAUAACUGACGAGGACCGGGCACCCACAGCCACUUUCCAUGACAGUAAGCACAGCAUUGUUCACAUUCACUAUGAAGUAACAAGAGGCUGGCUGUUGACAUCAGGGGCUGAUAAGAUUAUUAAGCUCUGGGAUAUGACGCCAGUGGUUUCCUGAUGGCUUCCCAAUGACCUCAAAAGACAGUAUUUAGUGAAGGACUGAAAGCUCUGGAAGUACAGGUUAAAAGGAAACAUCAUUGGCGAGGGGGGGUUGGCUUUUGACUGGUAUUUGUACAGCUUGCUUGCUUGCUUGCUGUGAACCUAAAAAGCAUAUGUUAUAAUUUUUGUUCCGAUGCAGUUCUGCCUUUUAAUGUCCCUCAUCAGGUUUAAUUUCCAGCGGGGAGACAGUAAGAACGACGGCAUGAGGAAACGGUUGCGGUGGUGUUAUUUAUCUUUAGAGCAGACUGCUUCUGGAACACAGCAGUGUUUUAAGGCAUGAUUUCUGAUAUAUGAAAAUUGUUUUAACAGCAUAAAUAAAACAAAAUGAUCCUUUACAGAUUUUGACACUGGAUUGCACAAACCCAUUCAAUGCAUAUGUUGGAAACAUAUUCUACAAUCAACCACCAUUUAUGACUUCUGACAGCUGUACAGAGAGUAUUUGGGGGAGGGUUGUUCAGGAGUGGGUCCUCUGUUCAUUUGUAGCAGUUUGUGUGUGUGGGGGGGGGGGAGGGGUAAGCUAAUAGUUUCAAUUAUAAUAUAAUAAUAUUAUUUAAAUGUGAGUGACUGUAUUAUUUACUUCAACCAUUGCACAUUUGUAUUCUAUUACUUUUUUUUAAAAUAAAGAUGAACCUGCUUUAUAUCAUGAUUGCUGUGCAGGUAUAAUUUGUGAUGUAAACCAGGUUUCACGUUUGCCUAUGACAGCACAUUAUGAGUGCGAGAAAAAAAGAACGAAAAUUAACGGUGAAUUGUCAUUUACUGCAGAUGUGUUCAAUUUCUUCUAGUGUUAUUGUAAAACUGUGUGUAUACAAUCCUUAUGUACUGACCAGUCCUCAUACUGGUUAGUCUGACAGCUUGAAUGUGCUUGUUUAGAGCAAGGUCACUCGGGUCAUCACUGGACACUACUCAUAAACAUGAAGUAUCUGAACUUGGAGCUAACCACUUAGAAUGAUUGCAAACUUCAUGGAAAAUCAAUGACAAUGGUCUAUUUAAAGAGCCAGUAUCUUGUCUAUAUUAGAAAUAACUCUCCGUAUUUUUCUGGUAUUAUGAACUACUUUGGGCAACUCUGUGCUUUGCAUGGUGCACGCUGAUGAAAGUUAGUGGAUGAAUCUGUUGAUUAUUCUCGUUUGAGAGUUCUCAUAGGCUAACUUUUACAGACAGUAGCUGCUCAGGUUGUUAGGCUACAGUAUGCCUGGUGUCACGUGCAGCAUUCAUUAUCUAGAAUGAAUGUCUUAAUGGCCUAUUGGUUAUAGACAUGUUUUACUUUUGUAUAAAAACCUUUUUAGGUAAGGUAAAAUUGAAUGCAUGUACAACACUAUGAAGGUUAAACUGUGAUACUGGGUCUGUAAAUGGCAUUUGAAGCUGCUUACCGUAUAUAUCUCGCCUAUCAUACAUAAAGAAUUACUAAUCUUCAUCUGCAUGCUCUUUAAUAUUAAGCAUGAGUUUCUAACACUUAUAUAUCACAUCCUGGCAUUGCAGUCCUUUUGUAAGUUCAGUCUUGUGGCACGAGAGCCAUGUAAUACUCCAUACAAACAAGCAACUGAACUCCUGGUUUGAAAUACAGUAGGUGAGCAGUUCCCACAUGCCCACUGGACAUUUUCUUGUUAAUUUUAUAACCUAGGUUUCUAUAUGGUGUCUAAUGGGAAUAGUGUAAAUGAUAUUGGAAAGUAAGGGUUUAAGUAUAUUAAUACUUUAUUUGUGUGAAUAUUAUAGUAAUGUGACCAAAAAAAUAAAUAAUUUGUUGGCUUAUUUUUUCAUGAGUCAUUUUUAUUAAAUAAGAAUAGUUGUUAUUAUUAGGUUGGUUUUGGGAUCUAUGCCUAUAAAAACAGCACACAGACCCAUAGCCCCCAGUAAACACUGUCUCUUUGCCACCCAUGUGUUGCUGGCACAAUCCUAUUUGGCAUGCCUGUUAUUUUGCUAUUGCUGCUCUUCAAGUUUUUAUUGUGUGAUCCACUCAGAGGCACUUAAAGUCUCUUUAGGGGAUUGGCAUAGCUUUGCAAUGCAAACAA